AUGUCGCAUAAUCCUACAGUCUCGUAUGAGACCGAUAAUUCCACUCGUUCAUCCAUCAACAAAUCACCUCAAUGGGUCGAAAAGACGCUCUCAAAAUACUUCGCUCUUGCUUCUGUGCGCGACUUUCAGCUCGAACGCGCUCGGCAGGUCAUACAAGGACAAGAUGUCCUUCUUAUCACUGCUACUGGAAGUGGGAAGACUGUCGUGCUUCUUGCCGGUGCAGCAGCAGCCUGUGAACUCGGCGAAAAUGCGAUAUGUGUGUACAUCGCGCCAACAAAGGCCCUCGUCGAGCAACAGGCGCUAUCCACACCGACGGCUCUCGAUGCAUUCGCCAUUAACGAGGACACGUUGCGAUGCGCGGAGGCAGAGGGUCGGGACCUCUUUCGAGAGCUUCAGGCCAGGAAGGGCACGCGCGUCGUCUUCAUGACGCCUCAGAUGUUCCUGGGUGCGCGCUUCCGGGGCCUCCUCAAGGACGCGAACUUCAAGCGCGCCAUCAAGUUCGUGUCUAUUGACGAAGCACAUCUCGUGGAUGAUCUGCAAACUGGGCCGUUCUUCAAGACAUACAACCUCAUUUCGCCGAUGCGAGAUGUCCUGGAUCCAGAUGCUGUCUGGGCACUCGCCACAGGCUCUCUCACGGUCGCGCAGGAGGCGUUAGUAGCGCACAAGCUCACGCUGAAGCCGGGGAAGUACGUUCGCGCGCGUUAUCCCGUUGACCGCCCGAAUAUCAUGUACGACAUCCGGUUCCUCCAGUACCCCUCAUCCAACCGCCAGCACCUCGACCUGAGCUUCCUCAUUCCUCCUCUCAUGCACUCCGCCUCCGAAGUCGAGCCCACCAUCGUCUUCUUCAGUACCUUCGCUCAAGGACAAUCCGCCAUGCGCGCGCUUGACUAUCUCAUCCCCCCAAACGUCCCAAAUCGUGAAAAAAUCGUCAAGCUUUACGGCUCGAUUUUCUCACCGGAUUACAAGGCUGCGGCUCUGCGCGACCUUGUGGAUCCUUCCUCGCCCCUUCGUAUUCUCAUCGCAACAGACGCCGUGACUUUCGGAAUGAACGUACACGGGAUCCCGCGUGUUGUUCUGGCCGACACGACAAGUGGAUCAUUCAACACGCUGAUGCAGCAGCUUGGGAGGAUCCGGGGCGACCUUGCGGCGCGCGCCAUUAUCCUGGCGCCUCAAUGGACGAAGAUUAUACCAGACGAGGAAGUGAAAACGAAGCAGCAGCAGGAGGAUCGCGCAAGACGCGCGAAGUUGCCGCCAGACUUACUGCGCUUCCUGAACGCAGGGCGGACAGAUGGAUACCAGGACAAGGACUCCGACAUCGUUUGCCCCCGCGCUCUGAACUGCAAGCUCAACAACGAGCCCUUCAUUGAGCGCCCCCGCUGCUGUAAUGUCCAUGUUGACGACCCCGAGAUGGACACCCUCCUUGCUCGUGAGCGCGCGGAUAUGGAGAACUGGGACCGCAUUCUCAACGCGCCGCGCGAUCCAAGCGGCGAAGACUUGCGUUCCGACAAUACAUACCGCUCGCUAUCCCGCCAUCCCGCAAUGCAGAGGUCCCUUGCCUUCGUUCUCAACCGGUGGGGAGUUCAGUACUUUGUCAAGCAUAUCCGUACGGAGGCUAUGGCGCACCUUCCCCCUACCUCUGUCCUUCCAUCAUCGCUCUUCGAUGCCUUACCGGACAGGGCCCACCUUUGUACAACCUUGGAGCGCUUCCGUCGUGUGGUAAAUAGCAUCAUGCCGCAGGGCUGGCCCGAUUUUGACAAGUACGCGCCACCGCUGCUCAAGAUUCUGCAAGAAGCGAUGGCUGGCUACACUGCUAUCAUCAAGGAGUCCACAGAGAAGGCUUCCAUCAAGCUCACGAAGAUGCGCCUGGAUAUACUUGUACAUCUCUGUCGAGAACACAAUAUCGACACGACCGGCUUGAAAUUGAAGGCGGAGUUCAUGGACGUCCUCGUCGAGUUUUUCGUAAAAAAUGAGCUGGACGAGCCGACACCUGAGGAACUCACGCAACUUCGUGCCAAACUUGAUAUGGUCAAGGAGGCAGACAAGGUGGCCAAGACAAAAGAGCGACCACGUCAAAUGGAUCAGGACAGUAAUUGCAUUGAGGGCGUAGGCGACCUUGCACCUACACCUGGCCCUGCAUUGCCUCAGGCGUCACGAGAUGACACCGCUCGCUCACCGCUGGUGCCCAAGAAGCGCCCUGCUUCCAGCCGGCCAAAACCUCGGCCUGUCAAGGCACGCAAGCUCGUGACUGCGGUCGGAGACAAGGAGAACAACGACGCGCGGUUCAUUGUGAGCAGGAGUGGUGAGAUGUAGGGGGCCAUGACAAUCCUCGAGAACAGUUUAUACUCGAACGUACACCCGUUUUUAAUCAUCCUAAUUUACUUACUAUACUUCACUUGCUACUAGCACUCACUACAG